GCACAAAGAAAGUUGCUUCUUGUUCUCCUGUUUUUCUUCCAUCAGAGAACUUCCUGUUUCCCCUCCUUGUUUGAAAAAUCUCUUUAUUUCAUCAUAUUUUUCUAAUUGUUUCUUUCCAGCGAGAUCUGUUGGACUGCUGGAAUUCCCCCAGAGAGAGUGAAACUAAGUUGGGCUUAAUCACAUGAUCAGAGAUUGCGAAAAAUGGGAGAGAGGAACAUGCCAACAGCUAGAGAAGAACAACAAGGAGUUAUUUGAGACGGGGAGAAAACCAGUGGCUGCUCUUCAGAAUUCCUCCAGCAAGAAACUGUUUUGAUAUUUUUCAAGGAAGAAGAUCAGAGAAGUAGGAGAGAGGCCUCCAUCUUUGGUUGGGAUUAAAAACGAGAGUCAUUUUUUGGGUAGGCUUUCUGCCAUUAUGAAGACUUGGCUGGUCCUUCUGUGUUUGGCCAUUAUGGCCAUAUCGAGUCUUCAGCAGGUUGCAUACAGAAGAGAAACAGUUGCUGAGAUGACUGAAGAAUCUAAACUAAACAAAUGCCAGGAUGAAACUGUUUGGCAGAGAAUCACAUCAUGGUUGUCGGGAGAGCAGAAAACUUGCAUCGUUGCCGAGAUAGAUAAUAGAAAUGAUAUAACACCUACUCCUUUUCAAGAGGCUGAGAGAAGUGAAGAAACCGAGCAAACUCUGGAUUCAGAUACCAACACUGAGGAUAAAGGACAGUUUGAAGAAGAGGACAAUCAGUUCAAUUUAGGUGAGGAUGCACAAGGACCAAUAGUGGAAAAUGGAAAAAAUGAUACUAAUACUGUGACAAUCGAACAGACUGUCCCUGAAAAUCAGGAUCCAGAACUUCCAAAUGUCAAAGAAGAAUCUACUGAAGUUUCAACAGAAAGGUCAACCACGGCAAAUACUACCCCAAUUCCCACAGUGUCUGAUACCAGUUGCCCACCCGAUUCAUGCUCACAGCGCUGGAAACCGUGGCCUGCCUGUGCCCAAUCCACUGCAGAAGAUGAGCAGAAGCUGGCUAAGGCUCUGUCCAGAUUUUCGCUUGAGUUCUAUAAAAUAGCAGUCCAGAAAAAUGAUGGCAACUUGGUUUUCUCACCCCUUAGCAUCAUAACAACGCUUUCCAAUCUCCUAUUAGGAGCCUGUGAUGAAACUAAAGAUCGUCUUGAGAGUCUGCUGUUCUAUCCUAAAGAAUUUGCAUGUGUGCAUAGAGCCUUGAAAGUACUUGGCAAGUCCGAAGCCCUGACUUCAGCUAAUGCGAUUUUUUACCAAUCAGCACUUAAGAUGGGAAGUGGAUUUCGUAAUCUAACAAGUACAUUCUAUCAAACCAAGCUGAAGCUCCUUAGUAACAACACCUACCAGGCAGUAACUGAUAUCAACUCAUGGGUGAGUGAACGUACUGGUAACAAGAUCAAGAAACUCUUGGAUGACCUAGAUCCUGAUGCCCAAAUGGUACUCCUCAAUGCUGUCUACUUCCACUCCAAAUGGAAAACUAUAUUUAAAAGAAAGAAUACAAUCUUGGAAGAUUUCUACCGUCCUGGUCUACCUUCCAUCAAGGUACCCAUGAUGACCAGUAAGAAAUAUCCAGUGGCCUCCUACUUUGACCCCAAUUUGCAGGCUAAGGUUGCCCGGUUUCAGUUGCAUCACAAUUUGAGUUUGGUGAUCCUCAUCCCUCGCUCCCAGUUGACAAGCCUCUCUGAGAUAGAGGAACGUCUCACUGCAACAGUCGUCAUGUCAGCUCUGAACAGGCUGGAGGCCUUGCCUUUGAAGCCAACAAUAGUAACGCUGCCAAAAUUUAAGCUGGAAUCAUCUCAGGAUCUUACUGAAAUCAUUGGAGAAAUGGAUUUUGGGCUUUUCUAUGAUGCCGAUUUGUGUGGGAUCGCUCCAAAUGAACCAGUCGUCGUGUCCGGUGCCAAACACAAAGCUGUGCUACAAAUCUCAGAGGAGGGAGUAGAAGGAGCUGCCGCAACAGCAGUCAGCCUAGCACGCAUAGCCACAAUGUUUGAAGUGCAACAGCCAUUCCUCUUUUUGAUUAUGGGGGGUCAAGGAGUCCCAAUCUUUCUGGGACGGGUCACCAAUCCACUGGCUUCAUAAUUUUUCCAUGUCCUCCCAACUUCCAUUUGUGGGACAAAGCCAGCUUGCAGAUUGCCCUAGCACAGUGUUUCCCAAACUCGACAAUUUUAAGGCACGUGGACUUCAACUCCCAGAAUUCCACAGCCAGCGUUGCUGGCUAUGGAAUUCUGGGAGUUGAAGUCCACGUGCUUUAAAAUUGUCGAGUUUGGGAAACACUGCCCUAGCACAACCUAAAAAUAUAGGCAGGAGAUUUUUGGAACCGUGAUUCCAUGUAACACAUUUAUAUAGCCUCUUCUUUUUGCUUCCAUUAAAAGGUUCUGUUAUUUUUAUCUUUUUUUAAAAAAAAAAAAAUCUGCUCCCUGCUUCUGGGUGUGUUUUGUAUAUCCUUUUGCAUCUAUGAGCCCAAGAGAAAUCCACCUCUUCUCAUUUAUGCUGUGUAUGAAGUCAGUAAGAGGGGUCCUACCAUUUCUGUAAGUUUGACCUCUCCUAUCCUCUUUGGUCUUCUAAGAAAUAAAGUAUAAUUGUAUUGUC